AUGGGAAAUUUUGUUGGACCAAGAAAAAAAUUAUCAAGAGAAGAUUUAACAUUUCUUAAAGAGAAUACACAUUUUACUAAACGACAAAUUAAACAAUGGUAUAAUGGAUUUAUACGUGAUUGUCCAUCAGGUCAAUUAAGUAAAAAGAAAUUUAUUGAAGUUUAUUCUGGAUUUUUUCCUGAUGGUAAUGCUGAAAAAUUUUGUACACAUGUAUUUCGUACAUUCGAUAAAGAUAAUUCUGGUCGAAUUGAUUUUAAAGAAUUUUUAUUAGCUAUUAAUAUAACAUCAGGUGGUGAUCCAGAAGAGAAAUUAGAAUGGGCCUAUCAAAUGUAUGAUAUUGAUGGUAAUGGUACUAUAGAACGAACUGAAAUGGUUGAAAUUAUUCGAGCUAUUUAUUCAAUGCUUGGUACAGAUAAUACAGCUGUAGAUAUUAGUCCAGAAGCUAGAGCUGAAGAAAUAUUUGAAAAAAUGGAUGAAAAUGGUGAUGGUGUAUUAACACGUGAAGAAUUUAUGAAAGGAUGUAUGGAAGAUAGUCAACUUAAAGCUAUGCUAUUAGCUGAUGAUCCAAUUGAAUAA